GUCUGUUCCCCCUCGGGCUAUAAGAAGGCGGAUGAUGAGAUGUCCGGAGCCACGUCCUCGGCGGAUCUGGACGAGGCACCAGCCCGCACCAUUUACUUGAACCAGCCCCAGCAGAGCAAGUUCCGCGACAACUGGGUCAGCACAGCCAAGUACAGCGUGGUGACAUUUCUACCUCGAUUCCUGUAUGAGCAGAUAAGAAAAGCUGCAAAUGCAUUCUUCCUCUUCAUUGCCUUACUGCAGCAAAUUCCAGAUGUCUCUCCAACAGGAAGAUAUACCACCUUGGUGCCAUUGCUAUUUAUUUUAACAGUUGCUGGCAUCAAAGAAAUCAUAGAAGACUAUAAAAGGCAUAAGGCAGACAGUGCAGUGAAUAAAAAGAAAACAAUAGUUCUAAGAAAUGGGAUGUGGCAGAACAUUAUAUGGAAAGAGGUAGCAGUAGGAGAUAUUGUGAAGGUCACCAAUGGGCAACAUCUUCCAGCAGACAUGAUCAUUAUAUCUUCCAGUGAACCACAAGCCAUGUGCUAUAUUGAAACAGCUAAUCUCGAUGGGGAGACGAAUCUUAAAAUACGACAGGGAUUGUCUCAAACUGCUAGUCUCCAGUCAAGAGAAGAAUUGAUGAAAGUGUCUGGAAGGAUAGAAUGUGAAGGACCCAACCGUCAUCUUUAUGACUUUACUGGAAACUUGCGCUUAGAUGGUCAAAGCCCAGUUCCUGUUGGUCCAGACCAGAUCUUGCUAAGAGGUGCACAACUGAGAAACACCCAGUGGGUCUUGGGUAUUGUUGUGUAUACAGGACAUGAUACAAAACUCAUGCAGAACUCUACCAAAGCACCUCUGAAAAGAUCAAAUGUGGAGAAAGUGACGAACGUGCAGAUCCUGGUUUUGUUCUGUAUUCUUCUGGUGAUGGCCCUUGUGAGUUCUGUAGGUGCCUUAUUAUGGAACAGAACACAUGGUGAAGUCGUCUGGUAUCUUGGCUCCAACAAAAUGCUGUCUGUCAACUUUGGAUACAAUCUGCUGACAUUUAUAAUCUUGUACAACAACCUUAUUCCAAUCAGUCUUCUGGUGACACUGGAAGUUGUCAAGUUUACUCAGGCUCUUUUUAUAAAUUGGGACAUAGAUAUGUAUUAUCCUGAAACAGAUACACCUGCAAUGGCCAGAACCUCAAACCUUAAUGAGGAACUUGGGCAGGUGAAAUACCUGUUUUCUGAUAAAACAGGUACUCUAACAUGCAAUAUCAUGAACUUUAAGAAAUGUAGUAUUGCUGGAGUGACAUAUGGUCACUUUCCCGAACUGGAAAGAGAACGUUCAUCAGAAGACUUCAGCCAGCUACCUCCUUCCACCAGUGAAUCGUGUGAAUUUGAUGACCCAAGACUGCUGCAAAACAUUGAAAAUGACCAU